GCUAUAGAUGUCGCCGCCAGGCUAUAACGACCUUGUUGCCGACUCGCAAAAUCACGGAAAAUUUUGAAGCAAGAACUUCAUAAGCCACAGUAAAAUCAACAUGGCGACACGUGAUCGACGAGUGCUGGAAGAAAAACAAUUAUUUUAUAAGGAAAAAAACAGUAGUUCCGAUUCGGAUUUUGACUCUGACGAUUCUGUGAAGGAUCGAGAAUAUUCUCCCCUCACGAGUUCCAGUGAAAGUGAUGAAUCUUCUCCGAAAAGGAGGAGUCGACAAUACCAUAUUGCAACUGCAGACAAUAAUCAAAGACAAGUAGAAGGCAACAGAGGUUCAAUUAUUUUGACCCCAGAAAAACUUUCACCAAGCCGAUGGAGAAAAGUUAACAUUGAAGAAAGAAAGAAAACAAAAGCAAAGAAACGUCGAAACUUGGGGCACGUCUAUAUAAGUUUGAGAGGUGCAGCAAAAGAAGCGAAGAAGAUUGGAGAUCCGUGUAAGUGCAAAAAAAAGUGCAGAGAACUGCUCCGGGGUACCGAAUUAUCUAUAUUUAACGGGUUUUGGGAUUUAGAGACAUAUGAAAAACAGAACACAUAUUUAUUUUCCACAAUAAAGGUUAUAAAUAAAAAGAGAAGCUACAAGCAAAAAACAAAAAGACAGGAGUCCAUAAGAAAAUUUACCAAUUUGUAUUUUGUAAAAGUAAACGGAGUAGAUGUGCAAAUUUGCAAACAAGAGUUCUUAUCAGUCCAUGGACUACAAAACUCAACUAAACGAAUUAAACUAAUUUCUAAACAAAUUUCUGAAGGCAGGGCAACACCAAAAAAAGAUCAAAGAGGUAAACAUCACAAUAGACCGAACAAAGUUUUACCAGAAAUGGUACAAUCAGUUCACGACCACAUUAGAAAUAUCCCUAAAUAUGUUAGCCAUUAUAGUAGAAUCGAUAAUCCUAACAGAGUCUACAUCAACCAUGAUCUUAGUGUUUCAAGUCUGUAUAAAGAUUACUACAUUGCAUGGUGUAAAGAACGUAAUAUUAUUCCAGUUAAAGAGGAUCGGUACCGAAGAAUUUUUAACUUAGAAUACAACAUAGGAUUUAAGAUGCCAAAAACCGAUACGUGUUCAACUUGUGAUUCACUAAAUAUUAUAAUAAGUUCAAAUAACGCUAACGAAUCUGAGGCUGAACAUCUCCAAGUAAAAUUACGCCUACAUCAAACUCGUGCGCAGGCAAUGCAGCAAAACCUUAAAGACGAAAUAAAGAAAAAUGAAGAAAUUCACAACACCGACAUAAUUUCAUUUGACUUGCAACAAACCUUACCCACACCUUCAUUGACUGUUGGCGUAGCAUUUUACCUUAGAAAAGCAUGGACCUACAAUCUUGGCAUACAUGAUUGUGUAUCUGGGCAAGGUCAUAUGUUUAUGUGGACAGAGUCAGUUGCAAAAAGAGGAAGUUCCGAAAUUGCUAGUGUACUUCUAAAGUAUAUAACCAGUAAGCCAACAAGAUCUGAAAAUCUUGUAGUCUUUACUGAUAACUGCGGGGGCCAAAACAAGAAUUGGCUAAUAAUGGCGUUGUGGCUGCAAUUAGUUAGGGAAAAAUUUUACAAAACCAUAGAACAUCGUUUUCUCGUAUCUGGUCACACUCAUUUGCCUUCAGAUAGAGAUUUUGCUUUAAUAGAAAAACAUAAAAAAUAUGUUACACAAGUAUUUUCUCCAGAAGAAUGGUUUGAAAUUGUGAGAAAAUCGAACAGGAAAAAUCCAUUUGCAGUAGUUGAAAUGUCUCAAGACGAUUUUUAUAGUUUUGAUGAGAUAGUUAUAACGAAAAAAACAUGUACCACCGAGAAACAACCACUCAAUUUUACAGACGUGCGCUGCUUUCGGUUCGAUAGCGAACACCCAAAUUCAAUAUUCAUUAAACACACCCUAAAUGGAGCAUUUGAUGAAGUAAAUGUUGGUAAGAGGGGUGUAAAGUUUGGUGACAACAUAUUAACAACAAAAAACUUAAAAAAAAAAUAUGGAGGACCAAUAGUACUUAACAUCAAAAAAAUUCAAGAUAUAAAGAAACUUUUACAAUAUAUUCCUCCCAUAAACCAGCAGUUUUAUAUCAGUAUUAUUGAAAACAGUACAAGUAACAUUGAACAAGACUAUAAUGUUGAUGAAGCAGAGGAACUAGACAGGGGUGAUGAAACCGAUUUUUUUAAUGUAAAUUAAUAUUGUAGGUAUAUUCUUUCUUUAAGAAUUUAUAUUCAUUUUGUUAUUUUCAAAAAGGUCAUAAGCCACAUUUAUUUGUUUAAUAAAUUUUUUCUUAAAA